GGAGGCCAGGGCCUCACUGCGCCUGCCGGAGGCAGCACCGGCCGCCUGAGGUGCCCAUGGCCGCGGUUCUACCAGCUCUGGAGCCUCCCUUCUCCCUGCUGACUGGCAAGUGCCUCUGCCAUGGGUGACAGAGCAGACCCUUUGCUGAUGACCGUUCAUCUUCUUGCCAAUUCAGGGCGUUCGUCGCUUCUGCAGCAAACCCUGGACCGGCUGCUGGGGUGGAUCUGCCCGGGCACCCGCCUCUUCCUUGUGUCUGAGUGCGCGACUCCGUUGAAAUAUUAUGAGAGUUUCAGCCACGGCAAGAGAAGCCGUGGCUUUCCCGGCAUGUCCGUCCUCCUUUUCCUGCACGAGGACUCGGGAGCAGAGCGCAUUUGCCAGGUCCACGAUAUCUUCCAGCACCCUCCAUGGCGCUACCAGCGCUUGCCAGCGUCCCUGGGGCAGAGCCCCGCGGCCGGCGCCGCUCGCGAGCCCUUCUACGGCCUGGGCGAGCAGCUGCCCGUGUGGGGCGUGCGGCGGGCGCACCGCGGCGCCGAGGCGCUCCGCGUCACCCUCUACUGCAGCUUCGAGAGCUACGAGGACGCGGUGCGGCUCUACGAGACGAUCGCGCGGCGGGUGGCGGCAGCGCGCGGCGAUGGCGGCCUGCAUGUGCUGGCGCUGCGCGCGCCCGGCCGCGCCGCCCUGCAGCUCGGCCUGCAGCGGCUGCCCCCCGGCGCGGCCGCCCGGCCCUGCCAGGCCUCGCUCCUAGAGUUCAGCGUGCGGGAGAUGGGCCGGCUCGUGCCGCUCCUGCCGCAUCCCUGCGUGCCCAUCAGCAGCACCAGGUGGCACACGCAGGACUACGACGGGAACAGGAUUCUGCUUCAGUUUCAAGACAACUCCAAGCACAGCGAGAAAAGCGAUGGCUUUUCCAACCAGCAGAGGAAGUCAGGCCCCGACAUCCUCCUCCAUGAGCCCAUCCCGGUGCCCUUCCCGAUGGAGCCGGCCGGCGUGGAGCGGAGCAGCCGGGCGCCCGGGGCCGUGCCGGGCGGCCGGAGAGCGGCGCCAGCCAUCCCGCCACAGAGGUCUUGGAUCCAAGUGGCAGGUGAAGAUGGAAACUGGGGGCAGCAGCAGCUCCACGUGACAGCCAGGGUGGUGAUCAUUGCAGGCUGA